UUGUUUCUCCUCCCGUGUCGAGCUAAAUCUUAGGGCAAAGGUGAUAUCGCCGAGGGACGUCUAGCCACCGCGACGCCUCCUUCUCCGGUUAUCUCGCUAACUUCUCAGACCAUUCCACAGCUAUGUCACAGGUAGACAACAGAAACUCUUCAGCUGCUAAGCGUGCUAGAACUGACGGGGGGCGUCGAGAAGAUGACUGGAUCUGCCAAAGUUGUGGGAAUGUUAAUUUUUCUUUCAGGACAACUUGCAAUAUGCGUAAUUGCACUCAGCCUAGACCUGCAGAUCAUAACGGAAAGUCUGCUCCCAAACCUAUGCAAACUCAACAAGGUUUCUCCUCACCUGGGCCGUAUUUAGGAUCUGGGGGUCCCCCUCCAGUAUAUAUGGGCGGAUCACCUUAUGGAUCUUCUCUCUUUAAUGGAUCGUCUAUGCCUCCUUAUGACGUCCCAUUUUCUGGGGGUUCGCCUUAUCAUUUUAACUAUAAUAGUCGCAUUCCGACUGGAGCUCAUUACAGACCACUACAUAUGUCUGGCCCACCACCAUACCAUGGUGGAUCUAUGAUGGGAAGUGGUGGUAUGUAUGGCAUGCCUCCACCAAUGGACAGGUAUGGCCUUGGUAUGCCAAUGGGUCCUGGUGCUGCCGCUUCUAUGAUGCCAAGACCAAGAUUCUACCCAGAUGAAAAAUCACAAAAAAGAGAUUCGACUCGCGAUAAUGAUUGGACAUGUCCAAAUUGUGGUAAUGUAAAUUUCUCAUUCAGAAUUGUAUGUAACAUGAGGAAGUGCAACACUCCAAAGCCUGGUUCCCAGCAGAGUGGGAACUCAGAUAAAAUAUCCAAACAAAAUGCACCGGAAGGGAGCUGGAAGUGUGAUAAUUGUGGAAAUAUAAACUAUCCAUUCAGGAGCAAAUGCAACAGGCAGAACUGUGGAGCUGAUAAACCAGGGGAUCAGGCAAAUGAAUCUCCUUCCCAUGCACCAGAAGAGAACGAUCAGUGAGUCGUAGACAUGUUUGGGGGUUGAGAAGGGUGAGUCUGAUCCAGCGGGUGUCAUAUUGUCAGUCAAUGUCUCGUCAGGUCGUCCAUGUUGAAGCGGUCUCGUCAAGUUCCAUGCAUUUGUCUCUUUACCUACUCUUGGGUGUCUAUGUUGUAUUAACAAUGCAUAAAUUGGUUUUUAUCUACUUUGUGGUCAUCGUGGAUCUUGUCUUCCUAUAGAAUUGUCCUUAAGGUCGUCUCGUCCUUACUGGUUACAUCCUAAUCAUAGUUGGCACUUAUGGUUUGAUUCUUUGUAAUCCCCCUAGUCAUUUUUAUGUUAUUACCAUUUUCGCCA